UGGCUCCAGUCAUCAUAACAAUAUAGUACAUAGCACCUGGGACUAUCUGGUACCUCCUAGCUCUGCUGGCUGUCUGUCUGUCCUGCUGCAGGUGCUGCUGCAAGCACAGGGCUCCUUCACUUGCUCUUGUUGGAGGCUUCCAGAGGGGCUAACAAGACCGUCCAGAAUGGGUGGAGAGAGGAAGCCUCCGCAAGCUAUGCAAGCCCAGAAACUGGCCGGAAUUUUGCGGGAGGAUAGUGAAGGGGUGUUGGUGAUUGACUGUCGCUCGUUUAACGAAUACAACAACCUUCACGUGAUGGGUUCUGUGAAUCUCUGCGGCUCCAAGCUGGCCCGCAAACGUCUCCUCAAGGAACUGUUAGUGCUGCCCCGUCAUCCCAAGAUUGACCCUUCGUACGAGAAGCAGGUGGUGGUCUACGAUCAAGGGAACCACGAGAUAUUAGCUGGUCAUUUUGUGUCCUUGGUGGUGGGCAAACUGGAGAAGAAAUACAGCUCUGUGUCUUUACUCGAAGGUGGAUUUGCAGAAUUCUCAUCUCAAUUCCCAAAUCUAUGCGAGGGCCGGACGACUUCCAACAUUUUGCACACAAGCAUAUCUCAGCCAUGCCUCUCCUCUUCGACCGUCUCAGUCACUCGCAUCUUGCCGCACCUUUAUCUCGGCUCACAGAAUGAUGUCAUGAACCAGGAGGUGAUUAACCAGAAUGGCAUCACUCAUGUGUUAAAUGUCAGUUACAGUUGUCCAAAGCCCCUCUUCAUUCCCGAUAACCAUUUCCUACGCAUCCCGGUUAAUGACAGCUACUGCGAGAAGAUCCUGCCAUGGCUCAGCGCAGCUGUUGAAUUCAUAGAAAAAGUCGAGCUGGUUAACGGGAAGGUGUUGGUUCACUGUCUGGCUGGAAUCUCGCGUUCAGCAGCCGUCGCAAUUGCGUAUAUAAUGCGGUCAAUGGGGCUCUCUCUGGAUGAUGCUUACAGGUUCGUUAAAGAAAAGAGACCCACCAUUUCUCCCAACUUUAACUUCCUCGGGCAGCUCCUGGAGUAUGAAAUGAGUAUUGCAAAUUCUCAAUCAUCUGAAACCAAAAAAACGUCCCUCACUGUUAGUCCUGUGGAAAGGAAGAGCUUUGAUCACCCAACUGCUCACGAGCAGACAAGUGUGAACCAAACAUGCCAAAAUACCUGCAAUACCAAUGCAAACUCACAGGAAGUAGAGGUAGCCAUUGAUGCCACCAAACUGGAUGAGAACAGUACGAAAGCAGAAUCUGGAGCUACUCUGGAGGGCAGGUUUACCUCCAUGGGAAUUUCUUCAGACCAGCGUCGGGAAAUUAGCAGUUUGAAACGCUCCUUCUCUCUGGACAUCAAAUCUGUGUACACGCCUCUGUCGUCUUCUAUUACAACGCACAGAAAUUUUUACCAACCCUCCAUGUCUCAGCUGGUGCCAUCCCAGUCAAUUUCUUCCAAGCCAAUGGGACUGUGGGAUCGCUUUAUAGGCUUUGGACUCAAUUUUCUGUACUACUAUUCAGAAGAUGAAGAUGCUCAGCCAAAACUUGGCCAGAUGGAAAAGCCAAAUGAAAUCUCAGAAAAUAUCCCAGAAAACUUAAAAAAGCGCAGAGCAAACACAAAAAAGCUUGACGAUGGACCUCAGCGACCAUUUACACUGAACAUUCCAAAUUGUAAAGGCCAAACACUCUUGAAGGAGAAGAACAUGGAAGUGGGCUCUAGAGUCCGAACUAUUUCUCCUUUACCUCUGUGAGGGAAACAUUAAGUUGUCUUCUCCAAAGCACCUCUUUCCAAUGGCUGUGCAUGGGAAAGAACAAUAGGGAUCUAUUCAAACAAAGAAUUUGUAGAACUUGUUGGUUUAUUACCCCAAAUCCUUUCUUUUCCGCAUGCUAAAGAUCCCAGACAGAGGCUUCAGUAGCAUGCUGAAGAAUAACUGUUUUAAAUGUUUCUUCAUAUUGAAUGAACAAAACUGGACAAUGACUUCUUUUGAUGGUGACAACCAGAAUUUGGUUUAGUUUAUAGUGACUUCAAUAUCACCAGUUGGUCAGGAUUAAAAGUCCACCGUCCUAUUUAUAAGGCUUUUGAAAAGCCUGAUGUUUGAUUCUCUUGUUUGCAAUUAAUGAUCUAGAACUUGUAAGAGGCGUCCAGGAAAUCGCAUUGAGGGUACGACACUUUACUGCUUACCUGAGUCUCGAAGGUGGGAUCUGGAAGUUUCCCUCAACUUUCUUUAUCAAUUAGUUCAUAAAUGGUCACUGACCAGAGGAGCAGAUGGCUUUUGUGUACCCAGUAUAACUCCUGCUUUACCCAAUUUUUGUUUGGUUUGUUUAAAAAGAAACAAAAACAUGGAUCGAUGUGGCCUUCCUGCUAGAAGCAUCAACCCGUACCCAGUCCAAAGCAUGGAUUCUCGCAACGAAUGGGCCACAGGAGUUCACCUUUAUGUAUUUGUAGAUUCAAGUUAAGAACAGUGGACAUUUAUUUUUCCUCUAGGUUCUAAGUGAAAUUGUUUUCCUAAAAGCCAAGAUGUGUAUGUGACAAUGCUUUUUACCCUUAUAUCUGUACUUUUUAUUUUAUUUUUUUUGCUGUGAAAUUAUUUAAUUAUCUUCAUGCAUGUUCAGGGUUGUUUUCCCCCUGCAUACGGUUCCUUAUGUGAUCCACCCCUCAGGAUAAAAAGGUCAUUUACUUUAAUGGUCCUUAUUAUAAGCAGGUGGCAAACUGACAUACUCUGACUUGUAUUUCAUUAUUUAUUUAUUACUGUGUUUUUAAUAUCAUCUUGCUUAUGUUUCAUUUUUGAAGCUGCUAUUUUUUUCCCCCCCAUGUAAUGAACCCUUUGAGAGACUGCACGUAGGGCUUUGUUUCCUGCUAAAAAGAGAUUUGCUCCGUAAGAUAAGGUGAUUGUGCGUGUUGCGUGGUCGAGGGUUAUUUAUUUAUUUAUUGGCUCUCUCUUUAAAGGGACACCACCACCAAUGAUACACCAAUUAUUAAAUGAUGCAUUAUAUUAAAUUUCAUUACAAUUAAAGAUCCUGUGUCUAGUAUAUGUCCAACAAAGCUGAACUCUCUUUUAUAAUCAGGGAUGACAAUUAUAACUGAAUAGGCUUUGUAGAUACCAGUGUGUGUGCUCAAAUGGUCUAAUCAUAUAUUCUGAAGAGAAAAAAAUAAAUGUAAUUUUUGAUUUAAAGGAACACUAUAGUCACCUAAAUUACUUUAGCUAAAUAAAGCAGUUUUAGUGUAUAGAUCAUUCCCCUUCAAUUUAACUGCUCAAUUCACUGUCAUUUAGGAGUUAAAUUACUUUGUUUCUGUUUAUGCAGCCCUAACCACACCUCCCCUGGCUAUGAUU